UUUUGAGUUCCAAUGAGUCAGAGAUGAAAGUGGUUAUUAUUGCAUUGGGCCUUUUGGCAAUUUUUGUGUCAACUGUUCAGCCUGCUGGAAAAAGAAAUGCACUUUGCUAUCUGCCCCACGAGUUUGGUAAAUGUGGAGGUCAUCGCUUAAUGUGGGCCUUUUCCAAUAAUCAAGGAAAAUGCGUUCCAUUUGUUUUCUCCAACUGUGGCGGCAAUGAAAAUCGCUUCUAUACCCAGGAAAAGUGUGAAAGAACUUGCGCCAUAAUUAAUCAACGAUUUGUUGUUGCCAAUUAAUUGUUGGAAAAAUUAUUUAAAAAAAAAAUAUAUAUAAAAAGUAUUUAAAACUA